CCAUGGCAGGUGCUUAGGUGCAGCCAGUGCAGUGAGAGGAGGGGACAGCAAGUCAGGCUGGCAAUGAAGGGACAUCUCUCCACUCUGAUGCUGUGGCUUCUUCUCCUCACAAUUCAGGACAUAGCAGGUGCUGAUGAGCUGAGGCUGGCGGACGGAGGCAGCCGCUGUGCUGGGAGAGUGGAGGUUAAACGCCACGAUCAGUGGGGGACAGUGUGUAGCAGUUACUGGGACAAGGCAGAUGCUGGAGUUGUCUGUAAGCAGUUGGGAUGUGGAGCUGCUGUCAGUGUCCAUCGUAAUGCUCAUUUUAGACCAGGAUCUGGACCAAUUUGGCUGGAUAGAGUUGCCUGCGAUGGUACCGAGUCUGCUCUCUGGGACUGCAGGAACAGGGGAUGGAAUGUGCAUGACUGUUAUCAUGGGUGGGAUGCUGGAGUCACUUGUUCAGAUAAGAAUUCUCUGAGACAAAAGGGCUUGAACUCAGAGGACGUCAUGUACCUCUGA